AAUGCAGAGGAUCGUUUCAUAACACUCGGCUAUAUGGCACAAGCGUUCUGUGAUUCGGGUGAUUAUGAAUCAAUGCUACAGUAUGCACUGCAACAAAUGGAGUUGGCGAAUACACGACAAGAUGAGUACAUGAAAAGUGAAGCUUUCUUAAAUCUGGCGAAAGCCUACGAAAGACUUGCCGACUUCAGUAAGGCCAUCGGCUAUGGCCGGGCGAGUCUGCAACAUCCUAGUAUGGAUCCGAGAACGCCAGGAUAUGCACACUUGGCCAUAGCACUGUCUCAGAUGGGCUUUAGCCAGUUCCAGUCGAGUCUAGAAGCGUUCGAAAAGGCGAUGACCAUAGCCAAUCAAACCUCCGACAAGCUACUGGAGCUGCAGAUUUGCGUUGGUCUUGGGGCUUUGUUCACACUACUGAGGUUAGUCGCUCUCGAUUGCUCUCGAUCGAUCUUAAAACUCGCGUUGACACGAAAUAUGAUCAUCAGUGUUAUCGUUUUGUGA